AUGUCAAAACCCACAAGACCAAUCAUCACCCUCGAGGAACACUUCCUCUCUCGCGCCGCCAGCGCAUCCCCAAAUCCCCGCAACGAGAGCUUCCGAGCCAUCCCAGGCCUCUAUGACCAAUUCACCGAACUCGGACCUAAGCGAAUCGCAGACAUGGAUGCCGGUCAGGUUACAAUGCAAGUUAUCUCCCAUGGACCGGGCGAUCUGUCUCCCGCUCAGUGCCGAGACACGAAUAACCAGCUCGCGGAAGCUGUGCGCUCCUAUCCAGGCCGAUUCGCGGGAUUUGCCGAAUUACCAAUGGAUAAACCUGAGGAGGCAGCAAAGGAACUAUACCGCGCAUGCUCCGGGAAGUCGGAUGGGAUAAAGUUCGUCGGCGCACUGGUGGACAGCCAUACAGAAGAGGGAUUGUACUACGACGGUCCCGAAUUCGACGUUCUCUGGAAGGAGGCGACGAGUCUCGAUGUACCGAUCUAUAUCCAUCCAACAUGGCCGACGGAUAAGCUCGUUACGGCCUAUCAAUCGCCGAAUCUGCCAGAGGACGUGACGACGGCGAUCCUUGCAUUCGGCUUCGGCUGGCACAGUGAUGUCGCGAUCCAUGUCUUGCGGCUUUACGCGGCGGGCGUGUUUGACCGGUUCCCCACGUUGAAGAUCAUAAGCGGGCAUAUGGGCGAGAUGAUUCCUUAUAUGCUCCAGAGGAUUGAACGAGUGUCUUCGCGGUGGGGAAGAGAGAGGUCAUUCCGCGAGGUGUGGGACAGUAACCUAUGGUUGACGACGAGUGGAAACUGGGCGCUAGACCCGUUGGCAUGUAUUCUGCGUAAUACGAAACACGACAGGAUUAUGUACAGCGUGGACUACCCGUUUGCGAAGAGCUGUGACGGGUUGAAAUGGCUGCAUGAGCUGGAAGAGAGUGGGAUGGUGACUGCAGAGACAUUGGAGGGUAUUCGGUGGAAGAAUGCUGCCCGGCUGCUAAAACUGGAUGUACAACCAAUCCCUUGA